AUGCUUUCUUCCGACGAGUCUGACGCUGAGAAUUGCAAAGGCUUUUCGUCGCCAGUUAAGGCGGACUUUGAGGCCAUUCCACGGCAACGAGUGCGACUUCUGUCCUCAGACUGGAACGCCCCAGAUCCCGUUUUGCGGGUGGGUGGGCGCACUGUUUUUACACGAGGUCGACCACCUUGGUACACGCGUGAGGGCCAAAUUGACGAAUGCUUUGUCGUUGGCAUUUGCGGUGGAUCUGGUAGUGGCAAAACUACUGUGGCCCAAAAAAUUAUCGAGAGGCUUAACGUUUCUUGGGUCAGUCUGCUCAGCAUGGAUUCCUAUUACAAGGUACUCUCAGCGGAGGAACAGCAAUUGGCAAAAGAGGGUCGCUACGACUUUGAUCAUCCCUCGGCAAUCGACAUUAAGCUUCUUAUUGAUCAUCUUUCUCGUUUGAAGGAGGGCAAGAGUAUUCAGGUCCCGGAGUACGACUUUUCCACGCAUUCUCGUAUCGCUAAAACGCGAACUCUUUACGGCGCCAACGUGGUUAUCUUUGAAGGGAUCAUGGCCUUCUGCUAUCCCGAACUAACUAAGUUGAUGGACCUCAAAAUCUUCGUUGAUACGGAUUCGGACGAGCGUCUAUCUCGGCGGCUUCUUCGUGAUUUGUGCUGUCGUGGAAGGCAGAUUCCUGACAUUCUCCACCAGUACGACACCACUGUGAAACCGGCAUACGAUACUUACAUCGCGCCUACCAUGUCCAUGGCUGAUAUCAUCAUUCCUGGGGGCGGUGAGAAUGCUGUGGCAAUAGAUUUAAUCGUUCGGGUUGUGGAGAGGCACUUGAAGGAGCAUUCACACCGCCUCCGGUCGGAGCAGGCAAACGGUCUGCGCCAAUCCUUUAGUCAACUUCGCCUUAAUGGAUCCGCGGACACAUCAGUCGUGGCGGCUGUUUCGACGUCUGGAGAGACAGGAUCAUGCGGAAUCGGUAGCGAGAAGUCCGCCUCUUCACCAGACACACCAACAGCGGGAGGAGCUUUUCCAUGGGGCGAUAGCACUGUCGAUGGUCUCCUUGAGGCAUCCCUCGAUCCUUCCAUCAUCCCUCCCCGAGUCAACGUGUUACCACUCACUCCCGAGGCACGAUGUCUGCAUACCCUGCUGCGAGAUCGAAAUACCAAUCAGGACGCCUUUGUCUUCUAUGCGGAGAGGCUCAUGCGGCCCAUUUGUGAAUUCGCUUGUCGGCUCCUGCCUUAUAGGGACGUGGUGGUCGACACACCGCAGGGCAUUCCUUACCACGGUCGUCGCCUGGCUCCUAACACACAGAUUUGUGGCGUGUCAAUUUUACGCGCUGGCGAAGCCUUUGAACCCUCGCUUACGGCGGUGUGCAAGGACGUGCGACUGGGAAAAAUCCUCAUCCAAACUAAUCCCGAGACGCUUGAACCAGAGCUGCAUUACCUGCGUCUGCCAAGCGACAUUAAGGACUGCUACGUGAUAUUAAUGGACUCUACGGUAGCGUCCGGCGCGGCGGCCAUUAUGGCGAUGCGAGUCCUGGUGGAUCACGAUGUGCCCGAGGAUCACAUCAUUCUUAUCUCGCUUAUUAUGGCCAUUCAAGGUGUCCAUUCUGUUGCCUACACAUAUCCUAAUGCGCACAUUGUGACCUCUGCUAUUGAUCCCGGACUGACGGACGACUAUCAUAUCCUUCCCGGGAUCGGAAACUUUGGGGAUCGCUACUUCGGCACCGGUUCCACAAAUUAA